UCACCAGUCGCCCCCUCCCCACCCGGUCCUCUACUCGCAGGCUGAGAGGUGGUGCUGGAGGCCGAAAUCAUGUGCCCAUGGGGGCCGUGAAACCCUACCCAGCUAAUCCCUACUCCCAGAGAAGCAGUAGACAUGGACCCCCUGUCACUCAGCAUGUAGCCCCAUUCAGGUCCUCUAUCCAUAGUGGCACAGCACCUCCCUCAGGACAGAUAGGGGGUGUAGCUGGAACACCCAUGUUAGCCAGGUCAGGCUCCCGGCCUACAGGGUUAAGGGAGUCAAAGCGAAUUGGUACUCCCCAAAGAGGCUUCCACAGACCUGUAGGUAGGGGGCAGCCGCUAGUCUGUAUGCCCAGAAACCAACCUUCUCUUCAAUCUAGGCAGUCAUUCAGAGCACCUCCUCCAGUGCCUCCUGUCUCUCCACAGCCUUCUUUGAAACAUAUUGGUCCUCUUUCUCCCCAGCCAUCAGUACGUAGGCUGCAGAGUAGACCUCCAUCUCCACAACCACUGCCACGUCCAUCUCCUCUGCCCUCCCGUUCAGCCUCUCCCAUGCACCAUAUGUCUCAACCACCGCCCCCCUUUCCCCACAGGGCUAUGAGUCCCCAGAGUCCAAGGCCAACAUCUUUUCAACCUCCAGUAUAUCACCCCAGUCUUCCUGGUGCUCUCCAACCAUCUCAAACCAUUACCCAGUAUGACUACACAAUGAUGGAGCCAGGCCCAUCCCCAAUGCUUACAAAUGCUUUACCAACCCAUCAGGGGGUAGGUGCUCCCUUUCUUCCUUCUCCUCGUCCCUCCUCCAUCCCUUACUCCAACACUGCUUACUCUUAUCCUUUAAAUAGACCCUCUUCACCCCAAACACAGUAUGAAGUCUACCCCCAAAACCCCCCUCAACCUGCACCCUCAUCACCUUAUCUAGGGCGUGCACUCCAGAACCCUUAUCUGCAGAAUGCCAGCUACACAACUACUUUACAGAGAAGCCCGUCCUCCAUACCUGGUGGCCAGGGUGAUAUAUCGGCUGAUGUUCAUUUGAGCCAGGAGGGGAGCCCAUAUGCCACUCCUGGUCUAUCUAAUGCUUUGAUGCAGAACUCCCACCUGCGCAGCGCCUCCUACUCAUCUCCUCUGCAACGCAAUGCCAAUGUCUAUACAACUGUCCUCUCAUCCCCACAGGCAGCAGCCCCUUCUGUCCCCUCUGUACCCUCCUCCCCACACUUGUCUUCUGCUAUGCUUACCUCCCAGCUACGUAAUGCUUCCUUUGUCUCACCCCUUCAGCGACACCUCUCCCCUGCUUCUCCCGCCCCUCCUCCCACCACACCUCAACAAGUUACUGUAAGAGGUCCCUCUUCAUUUCUCUCUGGUGGACUGCGGACCUCUCAAAUCCAGGGAUCCAUGUUAAGACUUCCAGGUGGCACUUUGACAAUGUCCGGGAGACCUGUUCAGUCUCCGGUUACCACUGGUGGUGGUGGUGGGAGGCUGUCCCCCUCUAUGCUCUCUAAUGCCCUGCAGAACCCAAGCCUACGUCAGGCCACCUAUCAAUUACCUGAUGGCUCAUUGGUCACCAGAACGGAACCUGCUGAACCUUCCCAAGGCCCAUCACCCCUCUCAUCCUCUAUGCUGUCCUCUGCCUUGCUCAAUCCCAGUUUGCGUCAGGCCACAUAUCGUUUGCCUGAUGGCACUCUUGUAUCCAGGACAGAGCCCACACCUGUACGCUCCCUUUCCUCACCUAUGCUUUCCUCUGCACUGUUGAACCCCAACGUAAGUAAAGCCACAUAUAGGCUGCCAGAUGGAACUUUUAUUACAAGAAACGAGCCAGCACCUGAGCAUGUCACCCCUUCAUCUUCUAUGCUCUCCUCUGCUCUUCUCAAUGCUAAUGUUCGUAAGGCUUCUUAUCGAUUACCAGAUGGUUCAAUUCUAACUCAUCCGGUAGAGGAGACACAGAAUGCUGUGAGCGCAGUAUCAUCACCUGGCUUAUCAAGCGCCCUGAUGAAUGCUAACCUGCGUAAGGCAAAGUUUCAACUCCCAGAUGGAUCAUCAUUGUUUUCACGGAACCAAACCCAAGCAUCCACCUCUGCCUCCUCCGGUCCUAACCUUUCUGGUGCAAUGUUAAACACCAACCUCCGAGGUGCCUCCUACAGACUCCCAAGCACAUCACUUUUGAGGCAGCCUGGUUCUGCUGAUACCUCUGAGUCACGUUCCCUUGACCUCUCCAAUGCUCUCCGCAACCAGAACAUCCGCUCUGCCACUUACCGUCUGCCUGACGGAACUCUGAUGACCCGCUCUCAGCCCACUACAGCACCUCGAACACUUGACCUGUCUAAUGCUUUGUCGAAGAACCCAAACCUUCGUGGGGAAAAUUACCGUCUCCCCGGUAAUAUAAUGACACGGCUUGGUGCACCUACCACCCCAGAACCUCGCUCACUUAAUCUCUCUGGUGCCCUGCAGAACUCUCAUCUCCGGGGGGCCUCUUUCCGCCUACCCUCAUAUGCUGUAGUGUCACCCCAGGUCCAGGGAACCGGCCAUGAACAGCACUGGGCACAGGGCCCUGGAGUUGAAGGCUUAGGACUGCAGCAAGACGUGGAUGUGUGGGGUGCAGAGAGGGUUCUACCUCACGGCACAGUUCAGAAUCUCAAUAAGUGGUCCAUGUAUAGAGACGGGGAGCUGCUGGACCCCCAAAGCCUGAUGGUACAGGGACACAUGGGGAAUGAACCAGGGGAGUGGAAUCUCAGCAGAGAGGGGGAACCACAGGGCCACUGGUUUGACAAGAUGUACUCAAUCAGAAGCCUGCCAACCAUGGCUCACCGGGAGCAACGAGAAGAAGAUGGAGUGGAAGAUAUGACACAGUUAGAGGAGAUGCAUGAAGGGUCUGUUUUGCUGAACCUGAGGAAAAGAUGGGAGAGGGAGCUUAUUUAUACAUACAUAGGUAGUAUUCUGGUGUCUGUGAAUCCCUACAAGAUGUACAACAUCUAUGGGACGGACAUGGUGCUGCUGUACAAGGGUCAUGCUCUCGGAGAGUACCCUCCGCAUUUGUUUGCCAUAGCAAACGCUGCUUAUUCCAAAAUGAUGGAUGCCAAACACAACCAGGUCAUAAUAAUCAGUGGGGAGAGUGGGUCUGGAAAAACAGAGGCUACCAAACUAGUCCUUCGCUACCUAGUAGCAAUACAUCACAAAUGCAAUCUUGCGCAACAGAUACUUGAGGCAGCUCCUCUGCUGGAAUCUUUUGGAAAUGCCAAAACUGUACGGAACGAUAAUUCCAGUCGCUUUGGGAAAUACAUAGAGGUCUUUCUGGAGGAUGGUGUGAUCAGUGGUGCCAUAACCUCUCAGUAUCUACUGGAAAAGUCCCGUAUCGUCUUCCAGGCCAAAGAUGAGAGGAACUAUCAUAUCUUCUACGAGAUGCUGGCAGGUCUUCCCUCGCAGCAGAGGCAGGCUUUCUAUCUACAAGAGGCUGAGACCUACUAUUACCUCAACCAGGGAGGGGAUUGUGGGAUAACAGGAAAGAGUGACGCAGAGGACUUCCUGCGUCUGCUCGCUGCCAUGGAGAUCCUUCACUUCACCCCUGACGACCAGUCGGCCAUCUUUAAAGUUCUUUCUUCCAUACUGCACCUGGGCAACGUCUACUUUCAGAAAUAUGAGGCCGAUGGCCAGGAGGUGGCGUCAGUGGUGAGCGCUCAGGAGAUCAGAGUGGUGGCAGAGUUGCUGCAGAUCUCUCCGGAGGGACUACAGAAAGCCAUCACCUACAAAGUCACAGAGACAAUGAGGGACAAGAUCCACACCCCAUUGACUGUGGAAAGUGCUGUUGAUGCCAGAGAUGCUGUUGCCAAGAUCCUGUACUCGCUACUCUUCCAUUGGUUAACAGAGAGAAUCAACGCUCAGGUGUACCCCCGCCAACACACCGUCUCCAUCUCCAUCCUGGACAUUUACGGAUUUGAGGAUCUGGCCUUCAACAGCUUUGAGCAGCUUUGCAUUAAUUAUGCAAACGAGUACCUGCAGUUCUUCUUCAACAGGAUCAUAUUCAAGGAAGAACAGGAGGAGUACAGCCGAGAACAGAUCCCCUGGCAGGACAUCCCAUUUAGUGACAACCAGCCCUGCAUUGACCUCAUUGCUGCUAAGCCUCAUGGGAUACUGAGGAUCCUGGACGACCAGAGCUGUUUCCCACAGGCGACAGACCACACGUUCCUCCAAAAGUGUCACUAUCACCAUGGCAACAACCCACUGUAUCUGAAGCCAAAGAUGCCCCUCCCAGAGUUCACCAUCAAGCACUUUGCUGGCCGGGUCACCUACCAGGUUUACAAGUUCCUCGAUAAGAACUACGACCAGGUCCGUCAGGAUGUCCUGGACCUGUUCAUUCAGAGCAAAAACAAGAUGGUGUCAAAUCUCUUCCUGGUUCACGCAGAGGUCACGGGUCAGCAGAGAGGUGGUCACAUGAGGAAGAGCAGCACAGUCACCAGAAAAUACCAAGCUCCCACCGUCAGCAACAAGUUCCAACAGUCCCUGCUGGAGCUGGUGGAGAAGAUGGAGAGGUGCAACCCUUAUUUUGUCCGCUGCAUUAAGCCAAAUAAUAUGAAGCAACCAGGUGUAUUUGAGGAGGACCUGGUCAGCAGCCAGCUAAGACACUCAGGGGUCCUGGAGACCAUUAGGAUCCGUAGAGAGGGGUAUCCUGUCAGAAUGCCAUUUUACAACUUCCUAUUCAGGUAUAAGUCUCUGGUGGGCAUACGAGAGCUUCCAGCAGCAAAUGGAGAGAACUGUGUGAUAAUGCUCAGUAAACUGUGUCUUCUCAGACCAGGAGCAUACCAUGUAGGAGUCACAAAGUUGUUUCUGAAGGAGGACAUCUACCAGUUGUUGGAGUGUAAGCGUGAACGCACCCGUCACCUUGCUGCUCUCACCCUGCAGCGUUACACCCGGAUGUUCUUCGUCAGGAAACGCUUUGUGGCCUUCCGCAAGAAGAUCAUCGGGCUGCAGGCACAGUGCCGAGGCUUCCUCACAAGGAAGCACUAUGUGAAAAUGAGGGAGAGUCUAGUUCGGUUCCGCUCUCUUGUCCACAUGUACGUCAGCCGCAAGCGAUACAUCAAGAAGAAGUUUGAAGCCCAGAGGAAAGCUGCUGAGGAGAGGAGGAGGAGAGAGAUGGAGCUGACCAAGAGGGAGGUGGUGAACGUCACGCACUUGGUGAUCCCUGCAGAGCUGGGCACGUUACUGCAGACAGCAGGAGUCAAGAGGGAGUUGCACUCAGACUGUCUGGCUCUGCUUCAGGCUCCUCAUAUCCAGGAAGAGGCUCAACUCACUCUGCCUCUGGACAUCAACAACUACCCGUUCUACCGCUAUGUGCAGAUCUACUUUAGGGAACCAAAGUUUGGGAUGUUGAGUGCACCUCUGGAGUACCCGCUGACCCGUGUAGAGGAGGACCUGAGAGGAGAAGCUCUGGAGCUCUUCAUCCUGGUAUUACGAUUCAUGGGGGACCCUCACCUGAACGGUGCGCAGGAAAACAUGUUUGGGAAUUACAUCAUCCAAAGGGGCCUGUCUUCUCCAGGGUUACAGGACGAGAUCCUGGCUCAGGUUGUCAACCAGGUGUGGAGGAACGUUAACCCCGACAACGCUGAGAGAGGCUGGCUGCUGCUGCUGGCGUGUGUCUGCAGCUUCGCCCCGUCACCCAAGAUGGGCAAAUAUCUACUGAAGUUUGUAUCUGACCACGCUCCUGCUGGUUGCCAGGCGUUGCUGCAACACAGACUCAUCCAAGCCAAUCAGAAGACACAGCUAGGCUCAGGCUCCACCCCCGAGACGGCACGGACCUAUCCGCUGUCGCUGCUGGAAUGGACGGCCAAUAGGAAGAAGGCUAACAUGGUGUUGCAGGUGCACUGCUUUGACGGAGGAUCAUUUCUUUGUCCGGCCCAUUCCUGGACCAGUGGAGAGGAUUUAGCAGGGGACAUACUGCGCCACAGGGGAGUGUCGGACUGGUGGAAGGGGAGUUCAAUUCUGAUGAAGGAGCACGGCCAGUGGGUGGAGUUAGCGGGUCACGACUAUGUGAUGGACCUGAUUGCGGACCUGGAGCUUCCCACUGACUUCCCAAAGCAGAAGAGCUACUUCAUCAUCAGCACUGACGACCCAGCCAGAGUCCGAGCCAAUGCCAGCCUUGCUUUGUUUGGCGGUGGCUUUGAGUCCGAUGAGGAGCUUCCUCCUGCCUUUCCUCUCCGUAACAGCAGACCAGCCUACAGCCUGCCUGACUCUGACGGUUACUACAGCCACGUAGAGUCGGAUGCGUUCAGUGACGGUCAGACUCAGAGAGGAAUGGACCGCUACCUGGACAGUCUGUUUGACCCUGUGCUGUCAGACAGCAGCAUAGACAUGGAAAAAACUGGAAGUUUAUCAGCAAGGAUGAAGGGAGGAGGAGGUAUAGGCAUCACAGGAGGAGGAGGAGGAGAGGGGGAGAGUCAAACGGCCCCCAGCCGACCUUAUCCACCAGGAAUACAUCCCGGAGCUGUACCAGUGCUUCCAGUAGCAGGAGGAAUGAUGCCACCAAUCCCCACCAUGCCAAUCCCCUCCCACCACCAUCACCAUGAACAACACCAACAACAGCAGCAGCAGCAGCAGCAGCAGCAGCAGGAACCUCAACAACAGCCGCAGCCACAAUACCACCAAUACAACCUUCCCAAACACACCUACAACCAGCAGACUUCUUCUACCACCACUUCUUCCACACGUGUAGCACUCACCCCAUCACCCACUCGCACCCCCGCUGCUGAUAGAGAUAAUGUAGCAUCCCAUGUUACUGGCGUCUCUAGUCUGCCGGGGGUGCCCUCGCUCCCUGCCACGCCUGUGGUUCCAGGCUUGCCUGUUAUGACAGGUGUGCCAGGAUCGGAGCAGACAGUACUGACUCAACAGCAACAGGCCAUCAUCCACCAGCAAGCCAUCAUUCUGGCCCAGCAGAUGACCAUGCAGGCCAUUGCGAUCCAGCAGCAGAUGUUGUCCUCCUUUCCCCCCGUUUCCCCGGCGCCCCAGUCACCGCCCUCACAGCAUUACACACACUUGCCACAAAACUCUCACAGCACCAGCCCUACCAAAGAGAGUGAAGAGUCGCCGUACCAGCCUGCUGCUGUUCAGCGAAAAAUGAGUCCAACACGUGGCCCCCCUCCUGGCGACGUGGUCCGAUCCACUACGAGUAACACGGAGCGCAUCGAUCCCAGCCACAACAUCAAAGACAUCAUCAAACAGCACCAGCCAGCUGAUGCAACAACUUCUACUGGACCUGCCACACAAAGGAAAGAUGAUGGAAAGCUGUUUGCGAAGAAGCCAGAUCCGCAUGAUGAAGCUAUGGAGAUCCUUAAAGAUCAGAUUACAAACCCACCACAACCGACUCAAAGGAAGCCUCAACCCUCGCUACGUAAAGAAGAGGGAGGAGUUAAGGUUUCCAAGACGACCAAGUCUCGCCCUGCAGGGGCAACUAGCUCCAACAUAAGCCCCGCCCCUCCUGCAGUCUCUAGAGAGUUGCCAGUAGAGGAGGAGAUCAUUCAGACUCAACUCCACAGCAGGACCAGUGAUGAAUAUUACACAUACUCCAACGUCCCCUGGAAACUCUACAUGAGGAAAGAGGUUUUCUAUCCUAAAGAGACCUUCAACAGCCCACUGGUUCUGGACCUGAUCUUCAGACAGGUUGUACAUGACACCCUCUCUGACGCCUGCAUCCGUAUCACCCAGGAGGAGAGACAGAAGAUGAAAGCUUUAUUCGCUGAGAACAAGGUGGAUCAGCUGUCCAGAACGCACGAUGAGAACGUGAAGAAGAAAGCGGUCGCCAUGGCCAGAGACUCGUGGGAGAUAUACUUCUCCCGUCUCUUCCCAGCCUCUGGCAGUGUGGGGACAGGAGUUCAGGUGCUGUCUGUGUCUCAUAAAGGCAUCAAGCUGCUGAAGAUGGUGAGGAGCGGCUCUGCUGCUCCAGACUACUUCAGAGUGCUGAGGCCUUACAGCUACUCGGACAUCCUGUUUGUGUCGAUUCCAUCUAAGAACAUGCUAGAGUUCAACCUGACCAACGAGAAGCUGAUCCUGUUCUCGGCCAAGGCCCCACAGGUCAAACACAUGAUCGACUACUUCCUCACAGAGCUUAAGAAGGACUCAGAGUACGUGGUGGCGGUGAGGAACUUCAUUACUGAGGACAGGAGUCUGCUCAGCUUCCACAAAGGAGACAUCAUCAGACUCCAGCACAUGGAUGGGUUGGAGGCCGGCAAACAUUACGGCUGCAUAGUGAGGAAGAAGGUCAUGCUUCUGGAGGAGCUAAAGAGAGACACUCCUGAGUUUGGCUGGCGGUUCGGGGCUGUGUACGGAAAAUCGGGAGUGUUUCCCAGUGAGUACGUCCGUCCUGUGGCUGCUCCGGACUUCCUGGUACUUCCUGCUGAGCGCGUGGAGCCUCGAGACAGACAGGGACGAGUCGCUGCAUCUGCUGCUAUUGCCGUGGCGAUGGGCUCAGCAGUAGCUGCCCAUGAGCUCGACCUCUCCACACAGGUGGUAAAUGAGAUGUAUGGGGACAGUCUGAGUGUCCAACUGGACGACCUGCCUCUGCACGGCGGCCAGUACCACAUGGCUGAGUUUGCCAAGAAGUACUUCAGAGAGGCGCAGAGGAUCAAAAGUGAUCAGAAAGCAAAAAAGGGGAAGGAGGGCAGGGACCCUGUUGACAUGGUCAAAUUCUCCAAGUCUCCCAUCCAGGAGUCCUUAAUCGACUUCUCAGACAGCGGGAUGAACAGAGUGGCUGCUGACAUCUUCUUAGACAUAAUGAAGUUCAUGGGAGACUUCCCACUGAAAGGUCAGACUGAACAGGACCUGGUCACCUCUUUACUGAAGUUAAGUGGCGACCAUGGCCUGAUAAAGGAUGAAGCCUACUGCCAGGUGAUGAAGCAAGUUACCGCCAACACCAGCUCCAAACCGGACAGUUGUCAGAGAGGAUGGAGGCUGUUGUACAUCCUGACAGCUUUCCAUCGCUGCUCUGAUGUGAUGAAGCCAUUUCUGAUGAAGUUCCUGCAGGACGCCUGCGACAGCCCCGGGAUGCAGUACCAAGGGAUUGCCAAGGCAUGUGAGCAGAAUCUGAGGAGGACUUUUCAAUAUGGCGGACGUAUACAGUUUCCCAACAGCAUGGAACUCAAAGCUAUGCUGGCUGGGCGGAGCUCCAAGAGACAGUUGUUCCUGCUGCCAGGUGGGAUCGAAAGGCACUUGAAAAUCAAGACGUGCUCUGUUGCUUUGGAUGUCAUUGAGGAGCUUUGCUAUGAGAUGGGACUACAGAGGGUGGAGGCUUUGGAUGAAUAUGCCAUCUUUUUGGUCACACACAAAGGUCAGAAUGUGCGUCCCCUGAACAAGCGCGAGUACAUCCUGGACAUUGCUACAGAGGCAGAGCCAGUGGAUGCCAACUACAGUCUGUGGUUCAGGAGAGUCAUAUGGAGUGUGGCCUUAAAACUUGACAACGAACUCUAUGUGACCAUGCACUAUAAUCAGGUGUUGCCAGACUACCUGAAGGCCUUGCUGAGUGUGGUUCCUCUGGGUAAGGCCAGUGACCAGCAUAUGAAGCAGAUCGCCAGACUGGCUGCCCUACAGCACCGUGCCAAGGACGCCGUCUACCUGCCCACCCUCCGUGAGGUGCAGGAGUGCGUCCCUCCACAGUUCUACAGCAAACAGGGUUCACAGCAUUGGCUGAAUAUGGCAACUCAACACGUGCAGCAGGUCCAGCCCUUAAACCCACACCAGGCUCGAGCACAGUUCCUUGGUCUGGUCAGUGCCUUCCCCAUGUUCGGCUCCUCCUUCUUCUACAUACAGAGCUGUAGCUCCGCCUCCAUCCAUGCCCCGUGCAUCCUGGCCGUAAAUCUGAAUGGACUGCACUUUCUUAACAAGGAUACUCAUGAGGCCAUGGUGCGUUUCCCUCUAAAGGAGGUACAGUCAACUCGUACUCAGAGACCAACUUCAGGCUCCAGUUAUCCAUAUGUGGAAAUCAUGAUAGGAGACCUGCUCAACCAGCGCAUCACACAGCUACAGCUGGAGCAGGGCCUGGAGCUGUGCCGAGUCAUCGCCAUGCAUAUGGAGAACAUGUUGUCAGUCAGAGAAAAGAGACUCACUUUGCCGCCAAGUGAAAUCACCCUGCUAUAACACGAACACACAUAGAGAAGUCCCACUGUAUGCCUUAUAAAUGUACUGUAUCUACCUCUAUUUUAAAAAUCAAAUAUUUUGAUACGUAAAGCUAAUGUUUCUGUAAUGUGACGAAUGUAUGGUGAUGAUGUUGAUGACAUAGUUUAUGUAUUCAACCAAGGAUUGUCUUCUUCAUUAAUUGUUGGUCUAUAAAAUGUCAGAGAAGAGCAAAAUCAUAAUUUUCCACAGCCAAAGUUAUCAUGUUUAAAUGGCUUGUUUAGUCCAACCAACAGUCCAAAGCCCAAAUAUAUUCAGUUUACUAUCAUAGAAGAGUAAGAAAACCAGCAUUUUAUAUUAAAUAUUCUCAUUUGAGAAGCUGGAACAAGUGACUUUUGGGGCAUUUGCUUAAAAAAAGCAAAUAAUAGUAAAUUAUUAUACCCACAGAAUUAACAUAAAGUAGAAAUAGGCAUGAAUAGUUAUCUUUCCUGUAUGUCAGUACAGACCUACACACACACACACACACACACACACACACACACACACACACACACGACUUUACACUUCCGGGAUUG